CGCGGGCCUACGACAAGGUUGGGACCUUGUCCUGUCCGGAUCUGGAUCUGGUCGUGUAUUACGCACAAAUAGGAACUUUUCACAGUUUCGUAGAAACAAAUAUUUUUAAGGACAAAAUAUAAUGACGUGUCUAUAAAAAGUGUUCAUUAAUAAAUAAAUAAAUAAAUAAUUGUGGAAAUAUUUGUUGUAAAAAAUUAUGUUGUUUUUAUUUUUUGCGGUUAUAAUAUGACAAUUGAUUGGAUAAUUAUGUAGUGACAUUGUGAUUUCUGGAACGUUUCUAGUAUGUUCUGAGGGCAAGGAUUAAAAGUUUUAAGGAUGCUCUUAUCCUGUCGACGUCUCCACUUACCGAGCCUCAUAGUAAUCUGGUUGGUGUGUAGCGGCGUCGCGGGUGGCUCGAACCCCCUCUGUCCGGCCUCGUGCACCUGCAAGCCUACAGACAGAGGCAAAAAACGAAUCAGCUGUUUGGCAGGGGGCCUUGCCGACCCCAUCCCCACCGGCCAGAUGGACCCUCGCAUCGAAAUUUUGGAAAUUUCCGCUCCUGAAGACAAGAAGAAUUGGCUCAGCGUCACCUCGAUUUUUCAGCACUUCAAACAACUAGAAGAACUUCACAUAAGCAACUCGAACAUCAACCAAAUCGCGAUGCACGCUUUUUGGGGCCUGCCCACAUUGAAGAUCCUCGAUUUAAGUUUGAACAACAUCAGCUCGGUUUUUGACCACAACUUUCGCGGCUUAGUCAAUUUGCUUGAGCUCAACUUGGACGACAACCGAUUAACGGCGUUACAAAGCGGCGUGUUCAAACACCUAACGGAAUUGAGGAUAUUGAGUUUGCAAAGGAACAAGUUGCGAGUGUUGGUGCCCAGGACGUUUUUGAAGUUGGUCAAAUUGCACGUUUUAAGGAUCAACGGUAACAAGUUUGAGGAAUUGGAUCCGGAAGCUUUCAAAGAAGUAACGGAGCUUCGUACCCUAGAAUGCCGAUACUGCGGCCUGGAAAGGAUCAACACCCAAAUCUAUCAUCUCUUGCCUUACCUCACCCACUUGGAUCUUGGCUACAACGCCCUUCAAUACCUCUACUAUGACGAGUUCCAAGAUCUACAUCGACUCCACACCUUGAAGCUGGACGGCAACCUGUUUCCAGUCAUCCUAGAAAACACUUUCGUGAAUCAGCAACAGCUGCGCUAUUUGUGUUUAGCUCGGAACCGAAUAGCCAAGAUUCCCGACACUGCUCUAAAAAAUUUAACCAAUUUAGUGGAGCUAGAUUUGGGCUAUAAUAAGUUAUAUAAAGUGGAAAGUGUGGCUUUUACGCACGUAGCUAACAGCCUACAAAAAUUGAUAAUAAGUGGGAAUAAUUUUAAGUUGAACGUAAUUAAAACUAUAAUCGAAACUGUGUUAAAUGUAUGGGAUUUAAGUGUUGCCAAUAUGAAACUAGAAACAAUUCCUCGUAAUUUUUUUCCAGACAACAUUAAAAGUUUGAAUUUGUCUUGGAACAAUUUAACAGACAUUUCUCAAGAAAUGUUCCCUCGACAACUAGAAAUUUUAGAUUUAAACAACAACAAACUCAAAGGCCUAAACGACAGCGCUGUGCUUUAUCUAGAAACAUUAAAAACUGUAAAUAUCGAAAACAAUCCUUGGACUUGUGAAUUGUGUCAUAUAACCGACAUGUUUUUCCGUGUCAACAAAAGUACUUUAUUCAAAAAUGCAACUUGUGCCUUCCCUAGUGUUCUAAACGCGAAAAAACUACUUAAACUAAGCUUAGACGAAAUACCUCCGUGCGGAGAUCAAGAAUUCACCGAGGAAGAUUUCGAAGCUACCAGCAAACGAGGCCUAUUCAUCGGCCUAAUUUGUAUAGUGACUUUCGGUCUGUCUUCGAUAGUAUUCGUUGUAAUUUCUUGCGUGAAACGUCACAACGAUAACGCGGCUCAAAGGGCCAAAAGGACUGCGGAAAGUCUUCAGGAGAAUUCCCUGGAAAAUUCGGUUACCGUUUUUAGUAAGAGUCAAAUUAGUUUUCAGUUUCCUUUGGAUUUGAUGGAAAGGAAACUUUCGGUGUCGACCAUAGACGAAAUUAAACGAGACGAGCGACCGGAAAUUAAACGGGACGAGAGCCAAGGGAUGUCUAAUGGGUCAGUGGUCACUGGUCUUUGAGUAUUUUUGGUUUAUGGAAUUUGUGGUUAAAUUAUUUCUUAUUGAGUUUAUUAACAAUUUUAUAAGAUGCUUUUUUUCCUCUAUGUAUAUAUUUUUAAUUUCAGUUGAAAAUAAUAUCGAAUAAAUAAUUUUAAACAUAUCUUAGAUAAGACGUGAUACUAUUAAAAAUAAUUGCUGUAUAAAAUUGGGUAUCCUCUCUGCGUCUCCUAUUUGUAAGAUUUCACAAAUUUAU